AUGCUGAAUGCACUUAGAAACUCUAACCUGGCUCUUGUCGUUUUGUUAUGCUUUGUUCUGAUAACUUCAAGGUUAUGUUCAGUCCAUUCCUCUGUGUAUCACCCAAAAACCUUGAGGGAACGGUUCAAGAAUUGGCUUCAAACACACAGGAUAUUAUAUGGAGGAAAAGAGGAGUGGAUGCUACGGUUUGGGAUAUACCAAUCUAAUCUCCAGCUGAUAGACCACAUCAACUCCCUCCACUUACCCUUUAAGUUAACAGACAACAGAUUUGCAGACAUGACCAAUGCUGAGUUUAAGGCACAUUAUCUUGGGCUGAACACGUCUUCCUUGAGGUUUAUCAAGGACCAAAGGCCGGUUUGUGAUGCACUGGGCAAUGUGCCAGCCUCUGUGGACUGGAGGAAAGAAGGUGCAGUGACUCCUGUUAGAAACCAAGGAAAAUGCGGAGGUUGCUGGGCGUUUGCUGCAGUGGCAGCUAUUGAAGGAAUCAACAAGAUAAAGACAGGGAACUUAGUAUCUCUCUCAGAACAACAGCUCAUAGAUUGUGACGUCGGCGCUUCCAACAAAGGUUGUGCCGGUGGAUUAAUGACAACAGCAUAUGAAUACCUCAAAACCAAUGGUGGACUCGUCACUGAGGCUGACUACCCAUACACAGCCACACAGGGUACAUGUGACCAAGAAAAGUCCCAAAACAAGGUAGUUACUAUACAAGGAUACACAAAGGUCGCAGAGAACGAGGCAAGUCUACAAGCCGCUACUGCUCAACAACCAGUAUCAGUUGGAAUAGACGCUUCUGGUUUUAUCUUUCAGCUUUACUCUUCUGGUGUAUUCACAGGCUUCUGUGGAAGCAUUCUCAACCAUGGGGUGACUGUUGUUGGAUAUGGAGAAGAAGAUGGUCAAAAGUAUUGGAUUGUAAAGAACUCAUGGGGACCUGGUUGGGGUGAACAAGGCUAUGUAAGGAUGGAACGUGGUUAUAGUGAAGAGACGGGCAAGUGUGGUAUUGCUAUGCUUGCAAGCUAUCCCACGCAGUGA